AUGACAUCUGGAGAUCCUGCUGAUUAUAUCUUGCUACAAGAGCAAAUUGCUACAGUUAAACAAGUAUUCAGUACAGCCCUGGCGCGUGAACUUAAUCUAAUCGAAGCACAAGCGCCUAUUCUCGCCCGUGUUGGGGAUGGUACUCAAGACAAUCUUUCUGGAUAUGAAAGGGCUGUACAGGUGCGAGUGAAGGCUAUACCUAAGGCCGAGUUUGAAGUGGUUCACUCACUCGCCAAAUGGAAACGACAAACACUCGCAGAUCACAAGUUCCCUGUUGGGAAAGGUAUAUAUGUGCAUAUGCGUGCACUUCGUGUGGAGGAUACACUCGAUAAUAUUCAUUCCGUCUGUGUAGAUCAGUGGGAUUGGGAAUUGGUAAUGCGACCAGAACAACGUACAUUGGAGUUUCUACAAGGAAUUGUACGUCGUGUGUAUGCCGCAAUGCGAGAGGCGGAAACCAUUAUUUGCCAAAAGUAUGAUUUGGAAGCCGUACUCCCGAAAGAUAUUCACUUUAUUCACAGUGAACAUUUGUUAACCAUGUUCCCAAAGGAUGAUCCAAAGGACCGUGAACGGGCUAUUGUGAGAAAAUACGGUGCGGUGUUUCUCAUUGGGAUAGGCGGUAAACUCAGCAGUGGAAACUCUCACGAUAUGCGAGCCCCGGACUAUGAUGAUUGGUCCUCCCCACUCUCUGUGGAGGCGCCUGUGAUGGUUUCUGAGGAUCCCACCGUAAACUCACUGGUUUCCCUGCAGGGAUUGAAUGGUGAUAUUCUUGUCUACAAUCCUGUGCUGGAUGAUGUGCUGGAGUUAAGCAGUAUGGGCAUUCGCGUGGACGCAGAUACACUUCGACGUCAACUGGCUUUACUUGGAAAUGAGGAUCGUUUACAAUAUGUUUGGCACAAGCGAUUAUUAUCAGGGGAAUUUCCUCAAACCGUUGGAGGAGGUAUUGGACAAAGUCGAUUGGCCAUGUUUUAUCUUAAGAAGAAACAUAUUGGAGAAGUACAAUGCAGUGUAUGGCCUGAGGAGACACAGCAGGAAUUUGAUGUGCUUUGA